GAGGAGGAAGAAGAAGAAGAGGGAGGAAGCAGCGCUCCGCGGGGUUUCGGAGCGGAGUGGGUGGGAGGUGGGGGGGGGUCUCAGCUUCGUGUCCACGCCCCGCUCCUCGCCCGCUCGGCUCCCCCCCCUCCUGCCGCAGUGGCCGCGUCCUGCCAGCUCCCCGCCCCGCCUUUGCCAGGCUCCCCUCGGCGCGUCGGGGCUGAGCCAGCCGGAGGUGGCGGCGCGCUCGGCGGCUGCUGCUGCUGCUGCUCUUGCCUGGGCUGAGGAGCAGGAAGAGGAGAAGGAGGAAGAAGAAGAAGAAGAAAAAGAGGGGGAAGAAGAAGAGAAGGAGGAAGAAGAAGGGGAGGAAGAAGAAGAAGAAGAAGAAGAAGAAGAAGAAGAAGAAGAAGAAGAAGAAGAAGAAGAAGAAGAAGAAGAAGAAGAAGAAGAAGAAGAAGAAGAAGAAGAAGAAGAAAAGGAGGAGAAAGGAGAAGGAAAAAAAGAGGAAGAAGAGGAGGAGGAAGAAUAGAAGAAGAAGAAAAAAAGAGGGGGAAGAAGAGGAGGAGGAAGAAGAAGAGGAGGAGGAGGAGGAGGCCAGGGGGCCAUGGCAGCCACGGAGCUCGCGCGCCAGGUGGGUGAAGGUUGCCGGACGGUUCCUCUUUCGGGCCAUGUCGGAUUCGAUAGCUUGCCUGACCAACUGGUUAACAAAUCAGUUAACCAUGGUUUCUGUUUCAACAUUCUUUGUGUGGGAGAAACAGGUCUCGGGAAGUCGACGUUGAUGGAUACGCUCUUCAACACCAAGUUUGAAGGAGACCCAGCAUCUCAUUCCCAGCCAGGAGUUCAGCUGAAAUCCAGUUCCUAUGACUUGCAGGAAAGCAACGUCCAUCUGAAGCUGACCAUUGUCAGCACGGUGGGCUUUGGCGAUCAGAUUAACAAAGAGGACAGCUAUAAACCCAUUGUGGAAUUCAUCGAUACCCAAUUUGAAGCCUACCUUCAAGAGGAGUUGAAAAUUAAGCGGGUGCUGCAUAAUUACCACGAUUCCAGGGUCCACGCCUGCUUGUACUUCAUCGCUCCCACGGGACAUUCUUUGAAAUCCUUGGACUUGGUCACCAUGAAGAAACUGGACAGUAAGGUGAAUAUCAUUCCUAUUAUUGCCAAAUCCGACGCCAUCUCCAAGAGCGAGCUGACCAAAUUCAAAAUUAAGAUCACCAGUGAACUCGUGAGCAACGGAGUGCAAAUCUACCAAUUCCCUACCGACGAUGAGUCUGUGUCAGAAAUCAACGGAACCAUGAACGCUCAUUUACCUUUUGCCAUCAUUGGCAGCACAGAAGAAAUCAAGAUAGGGAAUAAGAUGAUGAAGGCACGUCAGUAUCCAUGGGGAAUAGUACAAGUGGAAAACGAAACCCACUGCGACUUUGUGAAACUCAGAGAGAUGUUGAUCCGGGUAAACAUGGAAGAUCUUCGCGAACAAACCCACACGCGCCAUUAUGAGUUAUACCGACGGUGUAAACUGGAAGAAAUGGGAUUUAAGGACACCGAUCCCGACAGCAAGCCGUUCAGUUUACAAGAAACCUACGAGGCCAAAAGGAAUGAAUUUCUUGGAGAACUUCAGAAGAAAGAAGAGGAAAUGAGACAGAUGUUUGUCCAGAGGGUGAAAGAGAAGGAAGCGGAGCUGAAGGAGGCUGAAAAAGAGCUCCACGAGAAAUUCGAUCGUCUGAAGAAGCUGCACCAGGAUGAGAAGAAGAAGCUGGAAGACAAGAAGAAAUCCUUGGACGAUGAAGUCAACGCGUUUAAGCAGAGGAAGACAGCAGCUGAACUGCUCCAGUCUCAGGCUCAGCAGGCAGGAGGUUCACAGACACUGAAAAGGGAAAAGGAGAGAAAAAAACACCAGGGAUGGGCAAGUAGAUUGUGGCGAUGCCCGAAUUGUGUUAAUGCUUGUCUGCGUUUCUUUCUUGGCCAGUGUUACAAGAUCCUAAGUUGGAAACAUUCCCUUUUUAAAAUUGCUAGGUGGUUUAUAUAAGCUUAAGGGCUGAAGAAGUUUAAAAGACAGAUAAAUAUUGCUUCUAAUUCGUUGCGGUCAUUUUAUUCCUCCAUUAAGGGUGUUCUUAAACCUUAAAGUCAGUUUUUUUUUUAAAUCAACUAUUUAUAUUUUUUUCCAGCAUAAGAAGUUCACAGUUGAUAAAUACUGUAUGUUGAUUUUCAACCAAGCAGCAUCUGCCAUAAAGUACACACCUUUGAAUGUCAUAUAUCAACAAUGGUCUGUGUGUCUCAUACAGUAUCUCUCGGUGUGACACUGAAUUUGAAAAUUAUGCUGCCCAUCUCUGGUUCAAACACCUUAUUUAUCUUAAAUUAAUGAGAGAAACAUUAAUCCUUUUUUUGGUUGUUGUUUGUUUUCAAUGCAAGCUUCCUGCAGACCUUUCCCCUGGAAAAAAAACAACCACACAAAAUCCACAUUUUGAAUUAAUACGCAUUUCAUCUCUGUACCUUUUCUUUCUAAUGCAUUUUCUUCUUCUGUUUCUGCCUUUUUUUAUUUUCUGUUUUGUUCGGUUUUCCCGAAUGCAAAAAAAGAGGCUGUAUUCUCUUGACUGUUUUGGCAAAGAUUUUUUUUGGCAAUUCUUUCUUGGAUCUGAUGAGCUAAGCUCCAAAUACCGUUCUGUUUUUAAUCCUGUUGACCAGCAGUUUCUGUCAGUAUUGAUGUCCCCAAAUGUUGAGCAUCAGCAUUUCAGUAAGCCACAGAUUGUGCCUAGGUGGGUGUGUUUGUGCACAAGCUGCAUGUCUGGUUAAGAGCUGGGUUUUUUCUUUUCCAAAGAGAGAGAAGGUUCAUUUUUCUCUUUGCUUUUUUUGGAAGAACUUUUUAGGAUAUUUUUAAGGAGGGAGUUUUGUUCAUCCGAUUGUUGACUUUCUCUGUCUCUCUUGACCGUUACAAACACAACAAAAUGAGUGCAAUAGGAAUUUGAAGAUGUAACCAAAGCUGUUUUUAGCUUUUCCCAUCCUGAAUGUUGAACCUUGGACUUUCAAUGUAUAAGCAAGAAUUUUACCAUUGAGUGACACCUAGCUAGAGUCUAUAGCCAAUCUAUAAUCAAUGCCCUCAUCCAUAUUUAAUGGGCUUUGCUUCCCUAUUAGUAUUGCUAUGUUCUCCCUCUAAUAUUUCAUCCCUCAGGGAUAAAUAAGCAAAAGUGGUUGCUUAAAAAAUAGGAAGUUGCAUCUGUUUUUAAAAAAUGGACUUUUUUUUCUGCCCCAAAGCUGGGAAAAGAAAUAAGUAAAGAAUUCUAAGGCGUCCUUCAUUCCUACUUUUAGUCAUGGAAAGCUUGAUUGAAGAGCAAGGAAUUUUGGGCAGGCUUAUAAAGUAACUAACAUUUCCCAUGUGGCAUGAGAGAAGCUAAGGCAGUUCAAUAGUGCAGAUUUUAUUCAUUUUCCUGGCAGGAAAUGAAUGCAUAACACUGAAGACUCAUAUUGACGCAAGGAAACAUUCAAUAUAUGAGGUAUGUGAGGUACAAACACACACACACCAACCAAGCAAUCAACCAACCAACCCACUUUUGAUCAUCCAGAAAGAGCUAGUAAAUUAUUUAGCAGUCGUUUUUCUGGAAUGGUCAUUCUCGUUUUGACUCUAGAAGUUUCUCAGAUCUUAUGACGGUUGCUGAGAAUUUAUGGAGCUACUUACCGUAUAUUUGUAGCAGUGGUGGGUUUCAAUUUUUUUUACUACCGUUUCUGUGGGCGUGGCUUGGUGGGCGUGGCAUGGCUUGGUGGGCGUGGUUUGGGUUUGGUGGGCGUGGCAGGGGAAGGAUACUGUAAAAUCUCCAUUCCGACCCCACUCCAGGGGAAGGAUACUGCAAAAUCCCCAUUUCCUCCCAAUCAGCUGAUGGGGGCUUGGCCAGUCAGAAUUUUUACUACUGGUUCUCCGAACUACUCAAAAUUUCCGCUCCCGGUUCUCCAGAACUGGUCAGAACCUGCUGAAACCCACCUCUGGUUUGUAGGAUCUCCAAACCGAGAAAAGUUGCUUUAGAGUUGGUUGUCCUUAUCUUCGAUGGGAAGUUCUUUUUUU